AUGAAAGGAAACGAGAAAACUAAAAGAAAUUCCCUGCUUGGAAGUAAUGAUAAUAAGAAGAGCAUAAGAUCGUCAUCACCAACUACUAAGAGUGGCUUCAACGCUGCAAAUAGUGUAUCUGCAACCACCAACAGAGCUAUAGAAAACAUAGCGUUAAAAGGUAGGGCCUUGGCUGAAAUGUUCAAAAUAAAUCAUGAAAGCAAAGCACAUGGCACUUUAGACGAUGAUGAUGUAGAUGCCAGUGAAUUUGAAGAUGAUGACGUACACGUGGUAAAAAAAAUCAGAAGAAGAAGACCCAAGGAUACCCCCUUUUCUCAACAAAGGAUACCUGCGUUUAAUGCAAUUUGGACUCCCAAUAUAGUUUCUUGCUUAUAUAUUUUUUUCACCUUUUGGUUUAUAUUGUUUGGGGGUGUUUUAUUAACUAUUAGUCGGAAAGUUGAUGAGGUAAUUAUAUAUUAUGAACAAUGUUCUACCGAAGCACCAACAAACUCCUAUGGUGAUAUUCCAAACGAUUAUUAUUCCCUUUAUUUUUACAACAACCAAAGUUUCAAUGUCACUCCACAAUGGAAAUAUAUUGCCCCAACAGACUCAGAUGUUGUAGCUGGAAAUGGCACUGAAGUCGGUAACUGCUCAAUCAAAUUCUCUAUUCCAUAUGACAUGCCUCAUCCUGUCUACAUUAAUUAUUUAGUCGAAAAUUUUUAUCCAAAUCAUAGAAGAUAUGCAUUAUCUUUUAGCGAAGAUCAAUUACAAGGACUAAACACAACGUAUGAUUAUGUUAAAACUUCCCACACCAUAAAUUGUAAAGCACUACCUGGGACCGAUGAGGGAAAGCAGUAUUAUCCAUGUGGUUUGAUUGCCAAUGCUAUGUUUAAUGAUACUUUCCCUAUGGAAUUAUCGAAGACCAAUGACGAUUUUUCCAAUUUAGAAGAUGAAAGUAGUGGCUUAGAUGCUUACGAGUUAACCAAUAAGGGAAUAUCUUGGUCUACUGAUAAGAAGAGAUACAAGAAAACACAAUUAAAUCCAGACGAUAUUGUUCCUCCACCAAAUUGGGUCAAUCAAUAUCCCGAUGGUUAUAACGAAACCAACCUACCGGAUGUCUCUGAAUGGGAAGAAUUUCAGAAUUGGAUGAGAAACCCAGCCUUUUCCAAGUUUUCCAAACUAAUACGUAGGAACGCUAAUAAUGUGGAUCUAUCAAGCGGUGUUUAUAGUAUAAACAUUGGAUUAAACUGGCCAGUUACUAUGUAUGAUGGCAAAAAAGCCUUAUAUAUAACCCAUGGUUCUAGCAUUGGUGGCAGAAAUAAUUUCUUAGGUACUGUCUAUACUAUUGUUGGAUUAAUCUGUUUUGCUUUAGCGUUGAUUGUAACUGUAAUGCGUUUGUUUUAUGGAAGAAGGUUAGGUGAUACUUCGUUAUUGUCUUGGAAAAGGGAAGAAUUGGCUAAACAACAACAAGAAGCUACAAUGAGCAGAGGUGAUAGACCUCAACAUUAUUUGGAUUUGUGA